CUUUCAUUUCAACCAGAGCUCUAAAUUCUAAAGGGAGGCAUUCCUUUUCCCACAGAGAGAGAGAGAGAGAUGGGAUGGAGUGUAAAGCUGCUCCAUUCUCCAGUCUUCGCUGUCUACUCUUGCUGUCUUCACUUGUUCAUUCUUCUUUCAAUAUUUCACUUGUCCACCGCUCAAAACGCCACUACUGAUCCAUCUGAAGUGAGUGCAUUGAACUCAUUAUUUGAACAAUGGGACACAAAAGCUGUGGGAUUAUGGAACUUGAGUGGAGAGCCAUGCAGUGGAUCUGCCGUUAACGACACCGGUUUUGAAGACCCUGCCAACAACCCUGCCAUCAAAUGUGACUGUACCUACAAUAAUAGUGCUACAUGUCACAUUACUCAACUGAGAGUGUAUGCUUUGAACAAAAGAGGGGAGAUUCCAGAAGUAAUUACGGCAUUGAAGUAUCUUACCCUUCUGAAAAUUGAUCAAAAUUACUUCACUGGUCCAUUGCCUGCAUUUAUUGGAAAUUUAACUGCAUUGCAGAGUUUGUCAAUUGCGCAUAAUGCGUUUUCUGGGACCAUUCCUACGGAGCUUGGAAAUCUCAAGGAGCUAACUUUGCUGUCUAUUGGUAUAAAUAAUUUCUCGGGAACACUCCCCCCAGAACUGGGUCAACUUGUCAAUCUUGAGGAACUUUAUGUGAAUAGUUGUGGAUUGGGUGGUGAAAUUCCCUCAACAUUUGUUAACCUUCGAAGAAUGAGAAUCUUUACGGCUUCAGAUGCUGCUUUCACAGGCAACAUACCUGACUUUAUUGGCAACUGGACAGGGCUGACAUCAUUGAGAUUUCAAGGGAAUUCUUUUGAAGGUCCUAUACCAUCCAGUUUCUCCAACUUGACCUCACUGAGCUCUCUGCGAAUCAGCGAUUUAAGCAAUGUGAGCUCUACUCUUGAUUUUAUCAAGAACUUGAAGAGCUUGACCGACUUGACUCUGAGGAAUGCAUUGAUUAGUGGUAGUAUUCCAUCUGAUAUUGGAGAAAUAUUCCAGACUCUAGAUAGACUGGAUUUAAGUUUCAACAAUUUAACAGGCCAAGUUCCAAGUGCUUUAUUCACUAUGAGUUCUCUUCAAUACUUGUUUCUUGGAAACAAUAGUCUAAUCGGAACCCUUCCUAACCAGAAGAGCAGUACACUUCAGACAAUAGAUUUGUCUUACAAUUAUCUGUCAGGGACUUUUCCUUCAUGGGUAACCUCAAAUAUACAAUUGAAUUUAGUGGCCAACAACUUCACUUUUGACAGCUCGAAUAUAAGUGUUCUGCCAGGAUUGAACUGUCUACAGAGAAAUUUCCCAUGCAAUCGGAAUCCUCCACUCUAUGCAAAUUUCUCAAUCAACUGUGGUGGUCGAAUGAUGAAAACUGCUGACGGCACAGUUUAUGAAGCUGAAAAUUCAUCUAUCAGUGCAGCAUCAUUCACUGUAACUAGCACUGAGAAAUGGGCGGUGAGCAAUGCAGGCUUGUACGCUGAUAGAGAAAAUCCUAGUUAUGUUGAAAAUAACUUGAAACAAGUUACCGGCACCAACACCCCAGAGCUCUAUCAGACUUCAAGGAUAUCUCCUGGUUCACUUAGGUACUAUGGCCUAGGUCUCCAGAAUGGGCCUUACACUAUAAAUCUGUUAUUUGCAGAAACUAGAUUUGCAGCUCGAAGCUCACAAACCUGGGAUAGUUUAGCACGACGUGUUUUUGAUAUCUAUAUUCAGGGAAACCGCCAAUUGAAGGACUUUGACAUAUCAAUGGAGGCAGGUGGGGUCGACAGAGCAAUUACAAAGACUUUUAACGUCACUGUGUCAGAAAAUCAUCUUGAAAUUCACCUGUUUUGGGCUGGUAAGGGUACGUGCUGUAACCCUGUACAAGGCUACUAUGGACCAAUCAUUUCAGCCCUCAAUGUUGUUCCAGAUUUUACACCAAAUGUUAGUGGGAUACCAUCCAGUACUCGAAAAGAGAAGAGCAGGACGGGGGUGAUUGUUGGUGUUUCCAUUUCUGUUGGAGUUGUGAGCUUGAUCCUGAUAUUUGUACUUCUUUACAUCAGGUUGAAAAAAGACAGCGAAGAUGAGGAAGUGUUGCUUGGGAUGGGCCCUAGACCAAACACUUUUAGUUAUUCCCAGUUGAGGACUGCCACCGAAGACUUCAGCCCUUCAAAUAAGCUAGGGGAAGGAGGAUAUGGACCUGUGUACAAGGGUAUGCUUUCUGAUGGGAGAGAAGUUGCUGUAAAGAAACUUUCAGUAGCAUCUAACCAGGGAACAAAUCAAUUUGUGACGGAGAUCGCAACCAUAUCGGCAGUUCAACAUCGCAAUCUUGUGAAAUUGUAUGGAUGCUGCAUUGAAGGAAAUAGACGCCUCCUUGUUUAUGAAUACCUCGAAAACAAAAGCCUUGAUAAGACACUCUUUGGAAAAGAUGGCAUGCAUCUUGAUUGGCCAACCCGCCUCAAUAUAUGCCUGGGAACUGCUAGAGGAUUAGCUUAUCUCCAUGAGGAGUCAAGGCCAAGGAUUGUACAUAGAGAUGUCAAGGCCAGUAACAUUUUGCUUGAUGCAAACCUCUUCCCCAAAAUAUCAGAUUUUGGAUUGGCAAUACUCUAUGAUGACAAGAAAACUCACAUCAGCACUCGAGUUGCAGGAACCAUAGGCUAUUUGGCACCGGAGUAUGCAAUGCGUGGACAUCUGACAGAGAAGGCUGAUGUUUUUGGUUUUGGUGUGGUUGCUCUGGAGAUCCUGAGUGGGAGAGCAAAUUCUGAUUCUAGUUUGGAUGUUGAAAGGGUCUAUCUUCUCGAAUGGGCGUGGAAAUUGCAUGAAAGUGGGCGAAGUUUAGAGCUGAUGGAUCCAAGUGUAACAGAAUUCGAUGAAAAUGAAGCUCUUCGAGUUGUAGGAGUAGCUCUCUUGUGCACUCAAGCUUCACCAGCUAUGAGGCCAACAAUGUCAAGAGUUGUAGCAAUGCUUACUGGAGAUAUUGAAGUGAGUGCUGUUACAUCAAAGCCAAGCUACUUGACUGAUUGGAAUUUUAAGGAUAUAACUGGCACAUUUUCGACUGAAAAUACUCAAGCAUCCACUUCAUCCGAGGCUAGCAAGAGCCAGAAUCACAAUCCAAUUGUUCUUAUUCCACGAGGUGAUCAAAUGCACUCUCCACUAAAUAUUACUGAACCAAGGCUCAGUGACCUCAUUGGGGAUGGAAGGUGAAAGGCUAGUUAAUGCUACAAUAUCCAGCCGUAUAGAGUCGCACUUCCUGUGUCUAUUUCUAGGCAGUUGUAUGAUUAUUCCAGACAUGAAAGCUUUAUACUCAAACCAUUUGUACAAAAUUCUUAAAAGGACACCCAUAAAAUGAGAAGUUAUGUUUGUCUUUAAUUA